UGACAUUGCUGGGACGUAAAUAAAUGAAAUCACAACUAGACGACACAGUUUGGUUCACAAAGGGUUUAGAAAACAGAAAAUCUUUAAAAGCCCCGCCGGUUCCGGACGAUAUAUUUCAAAAUAUAGAGUGCGCGUUUAGUCUUGGGCGUGGUACAUGAGUGGUCUCAAAGCAAUGGAUAGUGAUUGGAAUACGGAAACUUACCGGACAGUUCCCCAGGUGGAACUGGGCGAGAAGGUGGAGACCAACGACCUGCAGCCGCGGAACGAUGACCCGAAACCGAAGAGUCCCCAGGGGAAUAUGUUCGUACAGAGCAUGUUCGAUAUGACCCUGAUAACGGUCAACUUUUGCCAGAUUUGCUACAUCCUGAAGGUUGGGCCAGGCUUAGGAUGGUUGUACUACCUGCUGUUGGGACUUUUUGGGAUGUCGCUCGUUUUGCUAUUUUUGCACGGGUUCAUGGGUUUGUUUGGGAGACUUCGAUGUAGUAAGCCGCUUCCUAGUGGCUGUUUCAAUUGUCUCUACAACGCCUCAAUGUUCAUGGUGGUGAUGGUAUAUUUAGUGAACCUUGUUGGCAGUGUGCUGAUGUUGAAGGAAGCGGAAAAUAAGUGCCAGCUCAUGUUAGCAAACGUAAAAACUUCGAUGAAUCCUUUUGAGGCUAUGACUACCGCUGAUGUAUUUUGGGAUAGAGGAACCACUACCGCUUCCCCAUCGGAAUAUUAAUGGUAGAAAUGUUUUUGCUCAUAAUUAGACAAAUGUUUUCAAGCUAUCAUGUCGUUUUCAAGUAUUCCACAGGGUUCUUUUUUGUAAUUUUUAAGCCACAUUUCGCAUUGGAAAAGACUUAAAACAUGAUAGAGUGCCAAAUUGAACGGCAUUGGUUUAUGAGAGUAGAGUUUCGGUAGGUCGUUAUACCUACAUUGUACAUUUCAUUAUGUGUAUCAAAUAUGAGCACGAAAAAGUAUUCCCAAACGAUAUAGUAUGGACAUUAUUAAAUUGUGGCUAUGAGCUUAUAAAAAUUUUGUAAAUUUUUCGACCUGCUUGUUGAAACAAGACUGUGUAGAACAAUAUAGGCGAAAUUUUUAGUUUUUCAAAUAAUACAACCUAGCUCUGUAUUUCUUUUUAAGAAAAUAAACUUAAAAGAGUGUCA